AUGGCAAAGGUCCAGGCACAACUCGCGAGCUCUCGCCGCAAAUCGCGAAAGGCACACUUCAGUGCGCCGAGUAGUGUGCGUCGGGUCAUCAUGAGCGCGCCACUGAGUAAGGAGCUCCGCGAAAAGCACGGUGUGCGCAGCAUUCCCGUCCGCAAGGAUGACGAAAUCAUGGUUGUCCGCGGCAGCAACAAGGGACGUGAGGGCAAGAUUCAGUCCGUCUACCGCCUCAAGUACUGCCUGCACGUUGCUGGAAUCGUCCGCGAGAAGAGCAACGGCCAGUCGGUUCCCAUCCCAAUCGCCCCCUCCAAGGUCGUCAUCACCAAGCUCAAGCUCGACAAGGACCGUGAGCAGAUUCUGGAGCGCAAGAGCGCCGGUCGUGCCGAGAAGAAGAAGAGGAGCGAGGAGGCUUAA